GGGCGGACAGCGGAAAAGGCGCCUGCAUCCUUGCCCGCUCGUGUGUCCAGCAGGCUCUGCGAGACAGGCAGGCGCAGCGCAGCGGUGUUGCAGACGAGCAUUGGCUGGCAGCCUCGAGCGUUGGUCGUGCAGACGCUUCUUCACGGCGGGAGCAGCGACUCGGCUGACGAUGCCAGCAGCAGGUGACUUGACGUGCAGUCUCACCCUUGCAUGCUGCUCGCCUUCUACUUGGCACGACGGCCUCUCGUCGGCCCUGCAGGUGUUGGGCAAGGGCCUAGAGCCAGCGUGCGAGCACUGCUCGGGGCGAGACCAUGUCACGUGACUGCAACCCCCUCGUCGUCGACGAUGCUGCACCUCCGUCCCAAUGGCACACGGCACCUCGGGCACGUCGGCCCAUGCGGCCUCGGGGGAGGAGCAGGAUGCACACGAGCUGGCCACAUUUCAGAUUCGAGGGCUUUCUGCUCUCGGUGCAGUCUCGGAUCCGACGCCGACGCUUCCUCUUUCAGCGCCAUCAGCCCCGCACGACACCUGCGCGCAGGCGCGGCCGCGCGGCGUGACGUGACGCUCCGCCGGAGCCGCGCCUUGCCGUUGCAGUCUGAGUGCCCUCUCCUUCAACCUCUUCGCCGACGUUGCUCCUUCGCGCUGCCAGCGGCCACGCUAGCGCGCACCCCGCAGUUCCCCGCAGUUGGCCAAGACGGGCGAAGUGGCGAGGCAAGGCGCGCAGAGAGCACAGACUGCAGAGGACCUCACCCGCGCGGCGACGCGCGCAUCGUCCACGCGAGCGCCCUCGCAGCGCCCAAGACGCGCAGCCGCCGGCAAAUAAGGCCUUUGCACGAAAGCCUGACAAACAAGUCGAGGCAGCGCUGCGUUCUGAGGUCUGGACACUCGGCUGCUCUCCUGCGGCGCAUGCAGCUCGCGCGUGAGUGGGCAGCGAAGGGCGGAGUCGAGCGGCGGCGCAGCUGUGCAGAGCUCCGCCCGUGUUAUGCGCAGCGGGCGAGACGGAGCCCUUCGCUGCUCCGCCUCGGCCGCGGCGGCGGAUGCAGACGCGAGAGGGGGCUCCUUGCACGCCCUCGCCGAGGGCUCCUGCGCCGCCUGCCGUGCUCACGCAGCCCUCGCUCUGCUGCGCGCUGCCGAUCAGUGCAGCGCCGCGAUGCCGAGGGCGAAUGGUACGACGAGCUCGCGCAGGAAGCCUCUCAGCCCCUCUAUGCCGCGCUCGCCAUCGACCGCCUCGCCGCUCCGCGCCCAAUCGCACGCAGACGUGGCCCACGGCACGCAUAACGUUGCGCUUGCGAGGGCUCGCAGGCCAUCACCUCACGCCCAGCCCGAUGCGGCACGCGGGAGGGGGUGCGCACGCCGCACA